AUGACAACGUACAACCAGAGCACCUCGUACAACAGGACCUACGAGAAGAAAGUGAUCGAAGAAACACCUCGAAUUCGAAUAGCGUCUCAUCCACAAACUUCUCCAUUCACAUCUCAUAUAUUACCGGUUUGUUUAAAUUGGAUUUUAUUCGAGAUGAACUCAUAG